GAGGAAGAGGAGGAGAAGGGAUGGCGCGGGGAGGCGGCCGCUGUUUAUUUGCAGCCGGGCGGGCUGCGCCUCGGCAGAGCGCGAGUGGCCGGCGGCGGUCCCGCUGCCCGCCCCGCACCAUGCGGGCGCCGCUGCCUCCCCGCGCCGCGGCGGCGGCGGAGCCGGGGCAGCCGGGGCAGCCGGCGCGGCGCCCCGCGCCAUGGUGACGGGCUCGGCGCGGGGCUCCCGCAGCCGGGACCGAGCCGCGCCGGCCCCCUGCCCGUCGGCGGCCGGGCGGCGCGGCGGGGCGGCGGCGGCGGCGGUGCUGGCGGGGCUGUGCGCCCUCUGCUACGGCAACUCCCUGCGGGGCGAGUUCGUGCACGACGACGUCUGGGCCAUCGUGAACAACCCCGACGUGCGGGCGGCCGCCCCCGUGUCCGCCGCCUUCGCCAACGACUUCUGGGGCAAGCGCAUGGCCGAGAACACCAGCCACAAGUCCUACCGGCCCCUCUGCGUCCUCACCUUCAAGUUAAACAUAUUGCUGGCUGGCAUGAACCCCUUCUAUUUCCACGCAGUGAAUGUAAUUUUACACUGUCUGGUGACUCUUGUGCUGAUGUACACUUGUGACAAAGCUGUGUUCAAGGACUGUCGACUUGCUUUUGUCACGGCGCUCUUCUUUGCUGUGCAUCCCAUUCACACCGAGGCUGUAACAGGUAUAGUAGGCAGAGCAGAUGUCCUCGCCUGUCUACUCUUUCUGUUGGCUUUUCUCUCCUAUAAUAGGAGUGUGGAUCAGCUUUAUGUUGGGGAACAUUUCCCUCCCACCACCUCCCCAUUCUUUUUGCUGCUUAGUUUAUUCCUUGGGACGUGUGCAAUGCUGGUGAAGGAAACUGGAGUCACUGUGUUUGGUGUGUGCUUGGUUUAUGACUUCUUUUCCCUCUCCUACAGUGGACUCAAAUUGAGGAACGGGGCCAUCCCGCAGAGGCCGGCCGUGUGCUCUCCGUGCGGGGAGAACGGGAAGCAGCAGCGCCUUGGCCACCGCGCCACCUGGGGCUCCUGCCACCCGCCCCGGGAGCCCAGCGGGGCCCUCCGCAGGUACUGCUGCCCGCUCCUGCUCCCUUCCUUCUCAGCCUGAAACUGCUGUCUUUUUCCUUGUGCUGCAGGAGAGGGAAGAUGGGAGGAGGUGAUAGGAGGAGAAUAUCUGAAGACACGUUAGUGUUUUUGUUCUCUUUGAUCCUUGUAUUUGUCUCUGUUUUCCCUGAUGGUUAGUAUCAUAGGAUUGUUCAGGUUGGAAAAGACCUCCAUGAUUAUCAAAUCCAGUCAUUACCUCAAUGCUGCCAAGCCCGCUACUAAACCAUGUCCCUAAUGCCACAUCUACACAUAUUUUAAAUACCUUCAGUGAUGGUGACUCCACUGCUUCCCUGGGCAGUCUGUUGUUGAUGACCUUUUCAGUGAAGAAAAUGUUCCUAAUAUCCAAUUUAAAACUUCCCUGGCACAUCUUGAGGCCAUUUUCUCUUGUUCUGUUGCUUGCUACUAGGGGAGAGACUGAUGCUCACAACAGGGGCUGGAGGUUAUCAAUAUAAAAAACAUCUUCUCUCUUGUUCCAUCAUCUUGUUCCUUGUUUCUUUUACUCCUGUUUCUUUUUACUUCCUACUGCUCCUUUCUCCCCUCCAUUGCUUUGUACUUUUCCCAGACGCCCUCCCUCUGCCCCUGCUUUUGGGAACAUCCCUUUCUUACACAAAGGGAAAGCCUCUCCUUUCCCAGCCUCUUCAGGGAAGACUGCAGAGCUGUGUUGGAGAGUCCAUGCACGUGGGAUGGCUUCAGAGUGAGCUCCUCCACGCUGCCAGUUGGCAUUUGCUUUUUGGCAGCUGCCUCUUCAAGUGUUGUGAAGGAUUUCUGCACAUGAAAAAUCAAGCCCUGCAUGUAUAUAGCUGCUUUCUGUUUGAAAAGGGGCUCUCAUGCUGGUGUAAGCUGCUCAGCUGCUCUCUCCUCAAGUGACUGACUGUGUACAACACACUUACAACAACUUGCUGUGAGAGUUAGCUGUAGGAUGCCCAAAGUGGAGCUGGCUUGGUCCCAGUGGCUGAGGGAAGCAUGCCUGUGAGAGUUGUGCUGUUGACAUAUUAUGUGAUAUAAAGCAGGAAGAAACUCAAAACAAUUUCUCUAUUAAAAUGUAUUCUGUAU